AAAAAAAAGAUAAUUCUUAUUCCCAAAUGGUUGCUUGGAUGAGAGCUUUAGCUAAACAAAACCCAAAAUUCGUUCAAUUUAUUUCAAUUGGAAAAAGUCAUGAAGGGAGAGGAAUUGAGGGACUUGAAGUUAUUUUUAUAUUAUUUAAAUUUAAAUUUAAAAAAAAGAUUGGAAGUAGAGGAUUUAGAAAGAGAGCAUUUUGGAUUGAUGGGGGGAUACAUGCAAGAGAAUGGGCGGCUCCACAUACAGCACUUUAUUUUAUUCAUCAAUUGGUUUCUCGUUAUGGAAAAGAUGAAGAAAUAACUCGUUUGGCAAAUGAAAUAACUUGGAUUAUAGUUCCUUUAUUAAAUCCUGACGGUUAUGAAUUUACUCGUUCUUCCACAAAUCCAAAUAUAAGACUUUGGAGAAAAAAUCGUUCACCAACUCAUUGUGUUAGAGACCAGUGGGGAAGAAAUAGAUGCUGUAAAGGGGUUGAUUUAAAUAGAAAUUUUGAUUUUCAUUUUAAAGAAAGUGGUUCUAGUGAUGAUCCGUGUUCUGAAAUAUAUCAAGGAAAACACGCUUUUUCUGAACCUGAAGCUAGAGCAGUUAGGGAUGCUUUACUUUCAAAUAGAUAUAGAGGUAGAAUUGAUGGAUAUAUUACUUUACACACUUAUUCACAAAUUUGGAUACAUCCAUAUGGACAUAAAAGAGAUAGCUAUCCGGGGGAUGUCCAGGAUUUAUUUUCUGUUGGACAAAGAGCAGCUUCAGCACUUAGCCGUCUUUAUGGAACAAAAUAUGUUGUUGGAAGUGGGGCUGAUACUUUGUAUAGGAUUUCUUUUAAUUUAUUAGAAAAUAUUUUUAGAUAUCCAGCAUCUGGUGGAAGUGAAGAUUGGGCAAAAGAAAAUUGGGACGGGUUUAUUCUCGAUGAAAGGCAAUUAAUGCCUACAGCGACAGAAACCUGGGCAGGUGUUCGUGUUGUAGCAGAAGCAAUAAUUCAAAGAGCUAGGGCAAGAAGAGUAGCUACUAUUUUAAAUAAUAAUGGAAGUGGAAAUUUUUCUGUUGGGGGGGUUAAACAAUUUAUUUUAACUGAUAAAACAACAACAAUUAAUACACCGGAAAUUAAAGAAGAAGAAGAACAAAAAAUUAUAAAAAGUUGUGUAGACAGAAGAAGAGCAUGUAAACGUUGGGUAAAACAAAGUGAACAUCUUUGCCAAUCUGUAACAAUUUUUAUGGCAGAUCAAUGUGCCCGUUCUUGUGGAUUUUGUUAAAAAAUCAAAAAAAAAUCUUUUUUGAUAAAUUAAAGAUCU